CCGUGAGGCGCCGGCGAGGUCGCGUAUCUCUAGUGGGAGCGACUACCUUUUCUCCGGAUGUUCGGUUUUGUUUCCUCCUUCAGCCUAUUUCUCGGACCCGCGCCUUUUUGAGAGAUUCCCUUCCUCCUUUGCCCCCUUUUCGGGCCACAUCAGGCGGGAGGCUUCCAGAAAGUCGACAAGUCAUCUUUAGGUCUUCGAAUUCUACAGGGGACAUUUGGGAAAACUUUUCACUUAUGAAUUUUCCUUGUUCCAUUGGUCCAGCUUGCAGGUCUAUGAGCCUGGACAAUCACAUAGUUAUGUAAUCACCACUACUGCAAUCAAGAUUCAGAACAGUUCUAUCAUUUCAAUAAAACUCUCUGCUGCCCAUUUGUAGUUAAAUCCUCCCUUAACCCUUGACCUUGGAAAUCACUGAUAUGGGAAACAAUGUUAUGGAAUUAAUGUGGGAAAGCUUCAGAUACAAUAUAAAUGACAUCACUAGUGAAGCCACAUAGGGGGAAAAAUUGAAAACCAUUAAGUUGUGGCUAUUCCAAGUGUAAACUGAAGGCUCUCCAGUAUCCUAGUGUUAUUUGGUCAACCUUCUCCUUUUUCUAUUUUUUCUCCCCCUCAAUAUUCCUAAAGGACCACUAACUGGUAGCCAGGGCUCCCCUGCACCCGAGAUCCUGAGCCUCCAACAACAUGAAUAGAUGCCCUCAACCCCAUCCUUGGAAGCCAAGUACCACAGCCUCUCUAUGGAAGAUCUGUCCAGCCAGAAGCCCCCCAGAAAAGACCUUCUGUCUGUAUCCAGAGCAAUAAAUUGGGCUGAAGAAUUCUGCCUAGAGUCUAAGUCCCCUUUGUAUUUUUCCUACUAGUUGAAUUUGAACUGAAUUACAGAGUUUACAGUCCAGCCUCAUCAGGGCCUGAUAAUUAUCUGUCUAGGAAAAGUGGAACUGGAAGUGUUUGCAGAGCCCCAAGAGAUGUUAAGGCCCUCAGUGACUGAGUUGAAGCAGUGAGAAUGGAGAUAAAAGCCAGGGUCAUACUGCAAAGGUGGCCAGAAAGCUGCCUAGGUUGCUGUGAGAUCUCAGAUAUGUCUCCUUUUUCUAGGAUUCCAUUUCCUCGUUGAAAUAACGGAGUGAUUUUUUUUUUCCCUUAAACAGGGCUGACUUUUGUUUUGUUUUGUUUUGUUUUUAAUUUAUUUUGCCAUGCUGGGUCUUAGUUGCAGCAUGCAGGAUCUAGUUCCCAGGCCCCCUGCUUUGGGAGUAUGGAGUCUUAACUGCUGGACCACCAGGGAGGUCCUUGGAGUGAUCUUUAUUUUAUUUUUAAAAUUAUUUAUUUAUUUAUUUUGGCUGUUUGGGUCUUCGUUGCUCCGUGCAGGCUUUCUCUAGUUGCGGCGAGCAGGGGCUACUCUUCGUUGCAGUGUGCGGGCUUCUCAUUGUGGUGGCUUCUCUAGUUGCUGAGCAUGGGCUCUAGGCGUGCAAGCUUCAGUAGUUGUGGUUCACAGGCUCUAGAGCUCAAGCUCAUUAGUUGUGGCGCAGUGGUUUGGUUGCUCUGCGGCAUGCCGGAUCUUCCCGGACUAGGGCUCGAACUGGCGUCCCCUGCAUUGGCAGGCGGAUUCUUAACCACUGCGCGCCACCAGGGAAGUCCCUGGAGUGAUCUUUAAAUGAAGAAGGCAUAUCUCAGAACAUUUUGUUGUCAGCCAAGAGCACUGGGACAGAAUAAACAUUGUCAAUUUUGAAGUAGUCUGGAUGCUAAUUAUGUGUGAUGGGAAAUUAAGAAUAUCUAAAUAUUAAUUUCUAGAGCAGUACCAUCCAGAAGGCUGAAUAAAUGUACAGGUAAUUCAUAUAAAUGAGCUUGUGUGUAUCUACAGUUACAGCUGUUUCUCGUUACAAAGAGUUAUAAACAGUACUGCCUUGAUCCAGCUGUUCUUUAUCGUGACUGGGCCUUUUUAAUAGCCUCCUAACUGCUUUCCUGCCCAGCUUAAAUCCAUUCUUCAUACUGCAGUUGCAACUUGAUUGACCUACAGCGAAAUCUGACCCGAUCCAAUGAGCACAGCCAGCUUGACUGCAGUCAAACAAGAGAAUCCCCAAAUGCUAGUGCUCAUCGAGGCUGGCCUUUGGCUUCCUCCGCCCCAUACAAAAUGCUGAAAGGCAGUGCCACCAUAGGCCACCGGGAAAAAAAGCAGCCUGCUCUUCGUAGGAGUUGGUCCGGGUGAAAGGGAGUGAAGCCCCCAGAGAAGCGCGGGCGUUCUACAAGAGCAGAAGCGCAGGCUCCGUAAAGCGCGCCAGCUGGUGAAGUACUUCCGGAGCGCCGGAGCGUCGCCGCCCACCGUCGGAGCCCCUGCCCUUCAUUGAGAGGGAGCCCCGGUGAUGGCUAUCAGGCCCCUUAAAGCCUGGCACAAGGUCCGUGGUUAAAAACGUGCGCCAGGGGAAGAAAGCCAGAGUCCACAGAGAGGAGCGUUCUGGCUUCCUAGAGAGGAAGCUCGUGAAGCUUGGGCGUCGCAGCCGACGUAGUGACGCACUUCCGGUCACGCGGCACAUUGCACCUUUCCUGAGCCCCUGCCCUUCAUUGAGAGGAAGCCCAGGUGAUGGCUGUCAUGCCCCUGAGAGCCUGGCACCAGGAGGUGGUGACCUUUGAGGACGUGGCUGUAUACUUCACCCAGACAGAAUGGGCUGGCCUUUCUCCUGCACAGAGGGCCCUGUACAGAAGUGUGAUGCUGGAGAUUUAUGGGAACUUGACGUCUCUGGGAUACCCAGUUCCCAAACCUGCAUUGGUCUCACUUCUGGAGAGAGGGGAUUUGCCUUGGGGCCUGGAGACACAGGAUGAUCCCCCUGCACAGGGGACCAAAGACAUCUGUAAAAAUGCUGGGACCAACACUGACAAUGAGUUAACACCAACAUGGGGAGUUUCUGAAGAAAGAGAUAUGAUGAUGUUACAUGGGCCACAGAAGAAUGUUCUUAAGAGAAACAGCUUCUUAGAAACAUGUGAACUGGAGAAGCACCAGGAAAUCCCCACAGUGAAAAACGUUAGAGGAAAGGUUCCAAGAAUCCACUAUAAUAGGAAACCCUUCAGAUGUGAGGAAUGUGGCAAAUGCUUCAGCUAUUUUUCUUACUAUGUUAGACACCAGAGAAUCCACACUGGGGAGAAACCCUUUGAGUGUAAUGAGUGUGGAAAAGCCUUUAAUGGCAAUUCUUCAUUAAUUCGACAUCAGAGAAUCCACACUGGAGAGAAACCCUAUCAGUGUGAAGAGUGUGGGAGAGCCUUUAAUGAUAACGCAAAUCUGAUCAGGCAUCAGAGAAUCCACAGUGGGGACAGACCCUAUCUCUGCACGGAGUGUGGAAAUGGUUUCACCAGUAGUUCUGAGUUUGUCAUACACCAGAGAAUUCACACUGGGGAGAAACCCUAUGAGUGUAAUGAGUGUGGAAAAGCUUUUGUUGGUAAUUCACCACUGCUGCGACAUCAGAAAAUCCACACUGGAGAGAAACCUUAUGAGUGUAAUGACUGUGGCAAAAGCUUCGGACGGACUUCUCAUCUUAGUCAGCAUCAGCGUAUUCACACAGGGGAAAAGCCUUAUUCUUGUAAAAUAUGUGGGCAAGCCUUCAAUUUUCAUACAAAACUAAAUCGGCACCAGCGAGUCCACAGUGAGGUGAAACCCUUUGACUGUGUAGAUUGUGGAAAAGCCUUUAGUGCUCAGGAUCAAUUAAAAAGGCAUCUAAGAAUCCAUAUUCAGGAGACUUCCUAUGUGUGUGAUGAGUGUGGAAUAGUCUUAACUAGCAAAAGAAAUCUGCUUCAGCAUCAAAGAGUCCAUACUAGAGAGAAAACCUGUGAAUAUGUCAAGUAUGAAAAAACCUUUAGGACUUCUUCCCAGCUAGAUCAUAUCCACCCUGGAGAGAAGCCAGUGCUGGAUGUUGGAUGUUUUGGCCUCCCAGAAUUUUUUACCCCCUUUUACUGGUAAUAGUACACUAAAUUUCCUUUUGGAUUCUGUCUUCCACUCGGGGUAGAAUUUGUGACACAGCCCCAGCUCAGCUGCAGGUUCCUUCCCUCAAGCUACAGCUGUUGGUUCAGAUGUCAGUAGAUAACCCAAGAUAGUCCAGUUAGAAUCCCAGACUUGGCAAGAGUUAAUAACCUUGUAAAUGGUGAGUGUGGCCCUGGCACAACAACCAGAUGGCAGACUGUGGCCAGGCAAUCCUUUCGCCUUCCAGCUGUUAACAAACUUUUGACAUUCCUACUCAUUAAGAUCUUAAUCACUCAUACUCGUUAAGCAGCUGGGCCUCCUAAUGGGCAGUUUCACAGUGGCUGAAUGGUGUUGGAGAGCCACGUGCACCCAUGUGGACUUUGGAAAGCCUGCCAAUUACGAAUUCCAUGGUACUGAAUAAUCCUCGAACCUCCCAGUACUUCACUGAACAAGAAUUUUCUGCCACCCUUAGCAUUUGGUGUCUGCUCUUUGUCGUGGAGAGAGGAGACUGGAAAAAUGAGCAAUGUUUGUUCUUUGGGAGUGGUUGAUUAAUGUGGCUGGGGGGCAGGCAUGAGUUCUGGGCUACCACCCCCCCGCCCCAGGAACAAGAGUGAGGUCUGUGUGCCUUCCUAGGGCACAUGAGCUAUGUAAGGACCUGAUGCCCAAGGCAGGAGCCUCGAGUUUACCAUCAUCAUCAACCUUGCUUUUCAGCAAAUGGAAAAGCUGCUUGCUGUCGUGAAAGGAUAGCAAGAACAUUAGAUGGGUGGCUGCAGCCCCUAACCCUAAGUGAAUCCCUUUCUACCUUGUGCUUCAGAUUCUGUGCUGUGCAGUGGGUGGUCAGUGAUAGGGAAUCUGCUGCUUUCACCGAGCCAGCAUCUGUCCUCAUGUCCAAGUGCAGCACCUCAGCUUUCCUUUGGGAGCUACAUCUUGCGUGCUUCCAGUCCAAAUAGUUUCAGAGGGCUGACCCCACAUUCCACCCACCUGGCCGAUCCCAUCUUCCAUCCUCUGAUUGCUGUGAUCAGUGCAAGGAUGAGAAUGUUAUCCAAGCCAGGCCAAAGGCAUUCUAAGCCAUGAGUUUUCAAGGAAGCCUACUGAAGGAGAAAGCAUUCCUGGUAUGGACUUUAAGCUUGUGUCAUUUUGGAGUUGCUGGAUGCAAUGAGAGAAACUGUGCCUGUGAAUGGGACCACAAGGCACUCAGCAGGCUGAUGGUCGGAGAGGGACCAGGUCACACUACAAGCAUGUGAGCCCUUGGACCUGACACCUCUGAACCCAGUUUUCAACUUGUCUCUUGUCAUCCAUAACACCCAAGACAUGGUGGCUCCUAGUGUAAUCUUCUUACGGUGUCUCUUAAUAACAUGUGGACUCCUACAAGGCCAAUUAACAUCACAGCUUUCGUUGAACUGGAUCUGGGGCAAGGCCUGUGUUAUGGAUCUUACACCUUCCUAGAAAUAUGAAACAACGGAAUCAUCCUACUAUUUAAGAAAAGGAAAACAUUUUUCCUAAGACUCGAGGAAGAAGCUCCAGCCCCACCAUCAACACCCGAAGCUGAAAUUCCACUUCAACGAUUCCCUGAACAACUUGCUUAUGGGACAUUAACACUGUCUUUAAGUACUGUCUUUUAUGACCCCAGCAUGAGCUACAGCCACCCCCCACCUGCCCAGGAGACCCUCCAAGACCAGCAGGUAGGUCUCGCCCAGGCUCCUAUGAGGUUACUGCUUUUGCCCUUGGUCCCGGUGCAUGAGAUUUUGUGCAAUACCUUCAGGAGUUAAGUCUCUAUGUCCCCCACUCCUGUGGAGCUCUGCAUUAAGUUAAGCCCCUCUGGUCUUCAAAUCCAGAUGCUCUGCGGGGCUCUUCUUCCCAACACCAGACCCCCAGGCUGGGAAGCCUGUUGGGAGCCUCAGAACUCUCACUCCUGUGGGAAAGUCUCUGCAGUGUAAUUAUUCUCCAGUGUGUGGGUCACCCACGGGCGGGGGUGGGGGGAUUUGAUUAUAUUGCGAGUACACCCCUCCUACCAUCUCAUUGUGGUCUCUUCUUUAUGCCUUUAGAUGUAGAUGAUGUUUUUUGGUAGGUUCCAGUCUUUUUUGUAAUCAAUGGUUGUUCAGCAGUCAGUUGUGAUAUUGGUAUGUUCAUGAGAAGGAGGUAAGCUCAAGGUCCUUCCACUCUGCCGUCUUGAAAGCCUCCAACAUAGCUUUUUUUUUUGCAGUAUGCGGGCCUCUCACUGUUGUGGCCUCUCCCGUUGCGGAGCAUAGGCUCCAGGCACGCAGGCUCAGCCGCUCCACGGCAUGUGGGAUCUUCCCGGACCAGGGCACGAACCCGUGUCCCCCACAUCGGCAGGCGGACUCUUAACAACUGCGCCACCAGGGAAGCCCCAACAUAGCUUUUAAUGGAUUAACAAUUUUGGUUGGGGUAACCUUGGAGAAUAAAACAUCGAAGUGAUUAAGAUUUAGACCAGCUAGUCAAAAUGCUUUAUCAUUAAUGAUCCAAAAUAUUGAUAAGUGGAAUAAGUUACCCUAGGGGUAGCAGGACAAUUGUAGAGUUCAUACUGACGAUAAGGUUUAUGACCUUGAUGCUGGAUCAGUACAUCCCAAUAGUAUAACUGCUAUUAACGGUCUGUUCAGUGAUUAGUAAAGUCCUGUUUGAUCUGAGUUCAGACUGGAGUAAUCCCAUUAGGUUUCUAUUCUAUAUUUCUUGCAGUAUGAAAGAACAAGAGAAAUAAGGCCUAUUUUACAAAAUGUCUUCAAACUAAUUGAUGAUAUAAUCUCAAUUCAAUUAAUUUAUACAUACCCCACUAUAGAACAGGGUUUGUUAGGGUGGUAGAGCCCCGUAAUUGUGUAAAACUAAAACCUUUAUCUGCAGAGGUUCAAGUCCUUUUCCUACGGAAAUAUUUAUAAUCUGCAUUCUUUCACUAAUUCUACUUUUACUAGCUGUAGCAUUCCUCACAUUAAUGGAACGGAAAUUCCUAGGCUAUAUACAAAUCCAGAAAGGGCCACACAUCGUCAGCCCUUAUGGAUUAUUAUAACCCAUUGCUGAUACAGUCAGAUUAUUUAUUAAAGAAACACUAUGACCAUCAAUCUCAUCAAUUUCUGUAUUAUUGCAUCAAGUCUAGCCUCAAGCCUGGCUCUCACAAGAUGAAUUCCUCUCCCCCUACCCUUUCCACUAGUUAACAUAAACCUAGGUGUACUAUUUAUACUAGCUAUCAAGCCUAGCCAUUUUUUCCAUCCUCUGAUCUGUAUGCGUUUUGGAUUCAAAAUACACAGUCAUCGGAGGUCUCCAUGCAGUAGCACAGACAAUCUCAUAUGAUGUAACAGUAGCAAUUAUUCUCUUAUCAGUUCUAGUGAUAAAUGAUCAUUUACACUUUCAGCAGUAAUUAUUACACAAGAAUACCUGUGACUAAUUUUCCCAUCCUGACCCCUAGCCAGAAUGUGAUUUAUCUCUACUCUAGCAGAAACCAACAGAGUCCCAUUUGAUUUAACCUAUAUUUGGCUUCAAUGUAGAAAAUGUAGCAGGCUUAUUCACCCUGUUCUUCCUAGCAGAGUAUGUCAAUAUCAUUAUAAUAAAUAUUUUCACAACAAUCCUAUUUUUAGGAGCAUUUAACAACCCCUACAUGCUAGAAUUCUAUACAGCCAAUGUCAUCAUUAAAACACUCCUCCUAACAAUCUCCUUUAUAUGAAUUCAAGCAUCCUGCCCACAAUUUUGAUAAGAUCAGCUUAUAUAUCUCUUAUGAAAAAAUUUUUACCACUAACAUUAGUCUUAUGUGUAUGAGAAGUUUCACUACCUGUCAUCACAUCAGGCAUCCCACCACAAACAUAAGAAAUAUGUCUGACAAAGAGUUAUUUUGAUAGAGUUAGUAAUAGAGGUUUAAACCCUCUUAUUUCUAGAAUCAUAGAAAUUGAACCCACCCUUAAGAAUUUUAAAUUCUUCAUGGUAAAGUCAGCUAACUAACUAUUGGGCCCAUACCCCAAAAAUGUUGGUUUACAUCCUUCCAGUACUAAUAAACCCUCUUGUGUUUACUAUCAUUCUACUAACCAUUAUCUCAGGAAUUAUAAUUGAAAUAACAAGCUCACACAGGUUACUAUUAUCCCCAUUCUAAUUAAAAAAAAAAAAUUUAAACCAUAAGUGUGAACAAUAGCACAAAUACCAGUAGAAAAUCUAAGGCAACCCAGUUAUCUAAUACUACCUGGGCUAAGGAAUAUAGGGAUAUCUGUUGUGCUGCAGUGCAGUCUUUUUGGCUGUUUGACUAGUGGUGGCUGAUAAAUUUCUGAUCUUUUUGUUUACAUACACUCCUGCAUUAGGAACCAAGAUUCCCAAAAGAUUUGCCACUGGUAUCUUGGUAUUUUGCUAACACAGAUUGCUUGACUCUUUAAUGAAGAGAGAAAGGAGAUUCAUUUAUUUCCUGAUGUAUAGACAAUGGGAUAACGUAAUAUUCUAAUAAAUAUAUACCUUCUAUUUGUCAGCUAUUAAGACAUUUUUCAAUUAAGUAAGGGACAGAGGGAGGGGGUCCUGGGGUAAGUAUUGCUCAGUCUCUAGGGACUGAAGAUAGUAUCAGACAAGGAAUGGCCAUAUUAAUACGUUGAAGAAUUUAAACCUGAAAGAUUAGGUCAGAGAAAGGUUGGUCUGGGUGAGCGGUAACAUUAGCAACAUCUGAAAAGUCAGCGACAGGUAUUAUGAGGGGCCUAUCCCAGUAGCUAUGCUUUGUGACAACUUUACUAAAGAAUUUUCUUUCCAUCUUCAAUAUUGAGGCAAAAGUACAGCUAGAAGUAGAAGAGUAACUUUCAGUUUUGAUAGGGAGACAAACAUUCAAAUAACAGUUCAAUCGAACUAGUAGGAUGGGUCUUACAGGCUUGGCCCGGAUUCUUGGGUCAGCUGUCCACUGUUGUCAUCGUCUUCUCGUCCUGGCUUGAUGGUUGUUUUAAGGUGAGCUUGAGGUCAGCAGUCCCCUCUACAGACCAGUCUGAUGCAGAGGCCCUUUUUAAGUGAGAAAUAAAAAUUGGAGAGUUAAUUCCCUUCAGUUUUACUGUGCAUGAGCCAGUUAAGAGUACCUGAUAAGGAUCCUUCCUUUUAGGUUUGAGAUAGUCCUUUAAAUGAUCUUUUCCAGUAUGCCCAAUCUCCUAGGUGCAGGUCAUGGAGCAUCUGAUCUUCAUCCAAAGAUAGAACACUGUGAUCGGCUUCAGAAGCAAGCUUGGAUAUCCUUUUAAUAAUUCAAUUAAACUUUACAAUAAUGUGACAUAACAAAGUGGCAUCUCGGAUGUAGGCAGUAAGUACAACACCUCAGUACAUAUAAAACCUCAAUAUCCACGAAGGUAUAUCAUUGAAACUUAAUUUUUCUAUAUAAAUUAUCUUCAUUUUGACCAAACAUAGUCAAAUUAAGACUAAUUUGUUUGAAGAAUAAAUCUGGUUUCUAUACACUUACCCUGGUUACUUACAUAAGUGUAACUGAUCAUAUAGGCCCUUUGAAAUUUGGCUUUAUUGCAACUUUUCAUAAGGGAUCUCAAAUUGAACUUUUAAAAGGCCUCUCAAAGCCAGGAAAGCCAUGCCAUUAGAUUCUACCUGCAAUACCUACAGAUUUAGGUGGAUUCCUCUCUAACUAUGUUCCAAAAUAUCUUGAGGUUCUCAUUUCUGCCAGGAAGUGGACUUCCUUUUUCACCUGGAAAGGCUGUGAGGAACCUAAGAGAUUCUACAUUCAGGAGGAAUCAGGUAGAGAGAAAAGAUAAAUGCUUCAGUUCUGCUCACAAAGGAAUAAUUUACCAAAUUGCUGUAAGUCAUACUUUGCUUAAGGGGAAAGGUUUCCUUAUAUCUGGAAAACAAAGAUGAAAAGCCAGUAAUAUUUCAGACAAAAAAUCAUAAAAAUUAUAAUCAUAUUUACAAGCUCAUUCAAUCCCAUAUAAUUAAUUUUUGUUCUGGUUGAGUCCAGUUUUCCCAUUAGUUUUGGUGACCUUGCCUGAUGAUUGAGGACAUUUUUUAAAAGUUUUUGAGGUUUUUGUUAAGGCUUAUAUGAUUUGUCACGUGAAGUGGGUGCCUUGUUUGCUGGAGAUUGUGGAAAGUAUACCCCAAGUGGGAAACACAUUUUCCAACAGUUUCCUUGUCAUUGUGAGGGCAUCAGCCUUGCAGCCAGGGAAGGCCUUAACCCAUCAAAUAGAAAUGGGGUUUGCCAGGAAGCCAGGAAAAGCCAAGCAGCCGUCUUGGUUUCCCAUAUCCCAGACUGUUUAAUUCACAGCUAUUGUUGACCCAUCUUAAUUUCUCUGAUUUAGGAGCAGACUGUUGUCGUGUUAUAAGGACAUCAGGAUGGCAAAAGCCUGACAAUGAGGUGUUAAUUUUUUGUAGACACAGAAUGGACUUCACCUACAAGUGCCAUCAGCUGUGUUGUUGCCUUUGCAUGAAAGAGCAGAGCAUCUCCCUAAUACUCGGGGGUUCAGUCCCUUUAGUGUGAGCCUCGAUUUUGAUGACAAAGAAACAUUCUAUGUCAGGAAGAUUUUCAGGAAUUUCAUAUAAUUUCUGGAACAUUUACACUAUAUACUUAUAGACAUAAAGAAGGCUUAAUGUUGACAAUGCUUCCCAUGUAAUAUAAUAGACCAAAUAAGCAUAAUUAGUUGAAUAUCUCCCUCUUUGAGACACUUCAGGACAGUAUCACUUCAUUUUCCAUUAACUAAAUCCAUUUUCAAUCCUCCUUUUACUGAAAACACACAUCUUUUUUUCCCUUGAAUACUCAAAUGUUUACCUUAUUAUUUCUACUAACUUUAAUUACAAUAUUUAACCCUUGAAAACCUUAAUCCCUAACAAAAACCAAGAAACAGUACAUUGUGAACUGUUAUACUAGCGUUUCCUGAUUGGCAAGCUUAUCAACAUAUUUCAACAACCUUUAGAAACAUACAUUUUCUCAUAGCAUGAUUUCUUUUCUCAAUGUGGUAUAAGACAUGUGUCCAAUAAACCCAAACAUCUUUAGUUUUUCUCUGAUAAGACAAAGUAGGUAAAUUUAGACAUGCUGAGCAAUUAAUGUUUUAGUAUUUUUAUCUUAAUUGGAAAUGAUCUGGAUAGUUAGUGAAUUCCCAUCAUUUAAUUUAAUUUAGCACAACUCCAAAGUUUCAGGUUACCCAAAAUCUGGAGAAACUCUUUUUAGGUAUACAUACCAUAAAGCAUAAUCAUUUUUAAAGAGUUCACCUAAAAGCUUUUAUCCCAUUUAUCUCAAUUUUAUUACUUAUGAAAAUACCACCAUACUAAGUUAAUUUUCUUGUUGACAAAUUUUGUAACAGAGGUAGCAUGAGCUUAUUGACUUUUAGGAAACCUAGGUACCAAAUAAAAGUAUUAUACUUCACACUGACGACCCUAAAGGCAUCUUUGUAUUAAUCAAGUCAACAACUUAAACUUAUUUUCAUGUACUGAAGAUUAAUCCUAGAUCGCAUGCUCCUCUAAAAAUUUGGGUUAGCUUUUUGUUACAAUUAGAAAUAUCUGAUUUGUAAAUGCGUAUUUUUAAGUCAAUUAAAUAGAGCUCUUUUAUGAAUUCUUUUUUUUUUUCCCCCGGUACGCGGGCCUCUCACUGUUGUGGCCUCUCCCGUUGCGGAGCACAGGCUCCGGACGCGCAGGCUCAGCGGCCAUGGCUCACGGGCCUAGCCGCUCCGCGGCAUGUGGGAUCUUCCCGGACCGGGGCAUGAACCCGUGUCCCCUGCAUCGGCAGGCGGACUCUCAACCACUGCACCACCAGGGAAGCCCUAUCAACUCAUUUUGAUGAUAUCAUCUGGAAGUAGAAACAUACUUGUAACAUACAUACAGACAUACACACAUCCAGAUAGACACAGAUAUCUCAUAGUUUUCCUGCCUGAGGUUUAAAAAGCCUUUUUAUUCCCUUCAGUUUUACAUUCCACUAAUUGAGCCAAGGCUGUAGUCUCAAACAAUGUGGUAUGCAUUAGCACUUCAAGGACAUGAUAAGAGUCAUAAUUACAAGUUUUCUCCUAGGAGUACUUUUAUUCUUAGAGUCAGAAUUUUGAAAAGAUGUUGUAUCAAGCCAGCUUUCUUUAAUUGUGCACACAAAAAUCAGUUUUGAAUGUCAAAAAAGUUCCAUCCUGGCCAUUUUUGGAUUAGGUAAGUACUUGUUAAGUAUUAGCUCCAUACCAAUUGUCGAAGCCAGCUAGAGUGUCAGUGGGUGGAUGCCUGCCUGGGAGCUGGUAGGUUUUAGAAGCGCAAUUUCCCGCUUUCUUCUAGGUUCAUUCUAUUAUAAAGUACACAUCUAAAAUUAAAUUUAAAUGUCCAAUUUUAAGCCAUUUUUUUAAAAAGUCAGCCAACACAGUUCACUCCAAAAUUUCUUCCAGGCUUUCCUGCUUAGAAAUUCCCCCAGGUCCUCUCCCUGGAAACUUACCCCUAGGACCUCUUCACCUAGGAAAUAUACCAGUAUCCCCUUAAGACUCCAAGUCUUAAGAUAACAGUUCAAAUAAAAGUCAAACUGUCACUUAGUACAAGGAGAUCCAGAUAAUGAGGAAGAACUCACCAAAGCACCUGAAGGGUACUUUGAAGCCAGAGGGGCUCAAAGGGCCCAGGCUUGGUCUCCCGAGCACCGGUCCAAAGUAGAUCCAGGUGACCUCAGGCAGGUUUUUCUGAUAUCCUGCCGACUAUAAGUAAUUUCAGUGAAAAUAAUCAAUAAACAAUCUACAAUAGGAAUAGAAAAGAGUUUUGUUUUAUAAAAGAGCCAAACUGAGGACUAUAGAUCCCAGAAGACAACGUCUCAGGUAACUCUGAGGAACUGCUUGAGAGAAGCAUGGUUUUCAGUACAGUUUUAUAUCUUGUCAGAACAAAGAACAUUAAAGCCAGGGAUACAUUCCUUCAAGAUUUCAAAAAUAAAUAAAUAAAAACGAAAAAGAAAACUACACAUGUACACAAGUCAGUAUGGCCUUGACACCUGGGAAAGAGUCUUAUCAUUGAAGGGUCUUACCAGAACUGGCAUCCCAGGAAGGGAAGCAUUUAAUCUUUAUUUUUAACGUGGACAUUCUUUACUUCUGGUCAGUGUGCCCUUUUCUUUAAAAAUUAAAGCAGGUGAACAAUGUAUGUUUGAUAGCCCACAAACUGGCUAUUUUUAAGUUAGCAUAAAAUUUGAGUUAAAUCAUGUAUAAGCCAGAAUUACUUCCCCGUACCUCAAUAUGUGAAAAUUUCUUUUAUCGGUGCAGAAUAACGCUAUCUUCUUACUAUUUAUGCCCAGCUCAGGUACUGCAACACUGUCAUUAUCACACACAUUAAACAAAACACCUUUCAACACAAUCCUUAUCAUUACCAUCAUAUUAUCACUGGGAGGUCUCCCACCCCAUCAGGGUUUUUACCCAAAUGAGUAAUUAUCCAAGAGAAGACAAAAAACAAUCACAUCAUUCUGCCAACACUAACAGCCAUCAGAGUACUACUCAACAGGUAUUUCUACUUUCGGCUAACAUACUCCAUGUUACUAACUAUACUCCCUUCAAUAAAUAACUUAAAAAUAAAAUGACAAUUCAAACAUACAAAACGAAUAACCUUCCUAUCAUUACUAAUCCUCAAUAUCCACACUAUUACCACCCUUAAUACCCAUUCUAUCAGCGCUGGACUAGGAAUUUAGGCUAGUAUAGACCAAGACCUUUCAAAACCCUAAGCAAGUACAAUUUACUCAAUUCCUGAAAAUAAGGAUUGCAAGACUCUAUCCUACAUCAAUUGAAUGCAAAUCAAACACUUCAAGCUAAAUCCUUACUACAUUGCUGGGCUUCCACCCCACAAAAUUUUAGUUAACAGGUAAAUUCUCUAGUCAGCUGGCUUGAAUCUACUUCUCCCACCAUCAAGAAAAAAAGAGGUAGAAGAAGAGCCAGCAGAGCUGAAGCUGCUGCUUUUUUUUUUUAAUUGAAUUUUUUUUUUUUUUUGCGGUACGUGGGCCUCUCACUGCUGUGGCCUCUACCGUUGCGGAGCACAGGCUCCGGACGCGCAAGCUCAGCGGCCGUGGCUCACGGGCCCAGCCGCUCCGCGGCACGUGGUAUCCUCCCAGACCGGGGCACGAACCCAUGUCCCCUGCAUCAGCAGGUGGACUCUCAACCACUGCGCCACCAGGGAAGCCCCUAAAAUAAAUUUUUUUUAUACAUCUUUAUUGGAGUAUAAUUGCUUUACAAUGGUGUAUUAGUUUCUGCUGUAUAACAAAGCGAAUCAGCUAUACAUAUACAUAUGUCCCCAUCUCCUCCCUCUUGAGCCUCCCUCCCACCCCUUUAGGUGGUCACAAAGCACCGAGCUGAUCUCCCUAUGCUAUGCGGCUGCUUCCCACUAGCUAGCUGUUUUACAUUUGGUAGUAUAUAUGUCCAUGCCACUCUCUCACUACAUCCCAGCCUCCCCUUCCCCACCCCACCGUGUCCUCAAAUCCAUUCUCAACGUCUGCAUCUUUGAAUCUGCAGUUCAAUUUGUUGAUUCACCCCAGGGCUUGACAAAAAGAGGGCAUGACCUCUGUCUUUAGAUUUACAGUCUAACACUUGCUCAGCCUUUUUUACCUAUGUUCACAAACCGCUGAUUAUUUUCAACAAAUCACAAAGGUAUCAGGACUUUAUUAUUUGGUGCUUGAACUGAAAUAGUAGGCACCACUUUAAGUCCAUUAAUCCGUGCUGAGCUAGGCCAACAGAGUGCUGCUGGGAGCUGACCAAAUCCAUAAUGUCGUCGGAACAUGCAUUUGUCAUAAUUUUCUUUAUAGUUAUACCUAUUAUGAUUGGAAGGUUCAGAAACUGGCUUCUCUCUGUAAUAACUGGGGCACUCAAUUUAGCAUUUCCCCGAAUAAAUAAUAUAAACUUUAGACUACUUCCCCCAUCAGUCUUACUCCUACUCAUAUCAUCAAUAGUAGAAGCUGGUUCUGGUACCGGUGGAACCAUAUAUUCAGCCCUAGCUGGCAGUCUGGCCCAUGCAGGAGCCUCUGUCCACCUCACCAUUUUCUCCUUACAUUUAGUAGAUGUUUCCUCAAUUCUUGGUGCUGUUACUUUUAUUACUGCCGUCUUUAAUAUAAACCACCAGCCAUUAUCCCAAUAUUAAACACCAUUAUUCGAUCUGCCCUAGUUAUAGCCAUAUUACUAUAUCACUCUCAGUUCUAGCAGCUGGAAUUACCAUACUGUUAACAGAUCAAAAUCUAAACACUGCUUUCUUUUCCCCUACAGGAGGAGACCCAAUCCUACACUGACAGCUAUUUUGAUUCUGUGGUCACCCUGAAGUCUAUAUUCUUAUCCUACCAGGGUUCAGAAUAAUCUCACAUAUCGUGACAUACUAUUUGGGACAGAUAUGUGGGAAUAUAUGGGAAUAGUAUGAGCCAUGUGCACUGGCUUUUUAGGAUUUAUCUUGUGGGCCCAUCAUAUGUUUACCGUAGGAACAUAUGUUGACCCAUGAGCAUGCUUUACAUCAGCUACCAUAGCUAUUGCUAUUCCUUUAGCAGUAAAAGUGGCUGAUUAACAACUCUUCAUAGAGAUUAUGAUAUAGUACAGCAAAAUGAGACUUAUGCUUUAUUUUUCUUUUUACAGUAGGUGGUUUAACAGGAAUCAUCUUAGCCAGUUCAUCCCAGGACACUGUCUUCCACAAUACAGACUACGCAGUAGCACAUUCCAGUAUGUAAUGUGAAUGGGAGCAGUCUUCACUAUUAUAGGAGGCUUUGUACACUGAUUUCCAAUAACCUCAGGUUAUACACUUCACAUGAGCAAAAAUUCACUUCACAAUUUUAUUUGUAGUAGAAAAUAUGAUUUUUUUUUCCCCUGCAGCACUUUCUUGGCUUUUCAGGGAUGCCACGACUUUACUCCAGCUACCCUCAAGCACACACAAGAAAUAUUUCACUCAUUCAUCUCAUUAACAGCAGUAAUGCUAAUAAUCUUCAAAUUUUGAGAUGUAUUUGCAUCUAAAUGAGAAGUUUCAGAAGAGGAACUAACUACUACUAACCCAGAAUGGUUACAUGAAUGCCCUCUACCAUAUUCUAUACUUGAAGAUCACACCUAUGUAAAUUUAAAAUAAGAAAGGAAGGAACUGAAUCCUCAACCAGUUUCAAGCCAACACCAUAACUAUUAUGUCUUUAUUAAUAAGUGAGAUAAUAGCAAAAAAUUAUGUAACUUUGUCAAAGUUGAAUCAUAGACAAAAAUACUGUAUAACACGAUGGCAAAUCCAUUUCAGCUAGGCUUUCUAGAUGCAACAUCACCUAUUAUGGAAAAACUUUUACAUUUUCAUGAUCAUACAUUAAUAAUCACUUUUAAAAUAAGUUCUCUAGCCCUCUGUAUUAUUUCAUUAAUAUUGACAACUAAACUUACUCAUGUACACACAACAGAUGCACAAGUAGAGACAAUUUGGACCAUGUACCGGCCAUCAUUUGAAUCUUAACUGCCCUGUCCUCAUUACAAAUCUUUUACAUGAUACAUGAAAUCAGUACCCCUUCCCUAAACGUAAAAACUGUGGGUCAUCAAUGACACUGAAGCUAUGAACACACAGAUUAUGAAGAUUUAAAAUUUUAUUCCUCUAUAAUCCCCACAUUAGAUCUAAAACCAGGAGAAUUAUGACUAAUUCAACAACGAAGUAGCACAGUCAUUGAAUAUUAGUUUCAUCUGAAAAUGUUUUAUACUCGUGAGCUGUUUCUUCUUUAGGCCUAAAAACAGAUGCUAUUCCAGGACACCUAAAUUAAAGAACCAUAAUAUCGACAGGACUAGACCUGUAUUGUGGACACUAAUCAGGAGAAAUCAUUUUCCUUCAUUCAAAGACAGGACAGAGGGAGAUGGCGUGAGCCACGGGGUGAAUCCAGAGCCCACAGAGGAUGCGCUCUCUGAGCUCCAGGACAGGAAGGGGGUCUCUGGGGUCCCGGGCCACCCACCACUCCCUCCUGAGCGGGGUCUUGGGAACAUUCUGUCAGUGAUGUGGCAGUCUGAGCAUUUGUCACGGCCUCACGCUGUGGCCCGCCCCCCAAGCUCCAGGGAUCGCAUUCCACGCUCUGUGGGUCCCCCCUGCAGGGUCCUUCCUGCUGCAGGAGCAGAGACCACCCAGCUAGCAGCCCUCUCCCCAACCAGCAGGAAGAGCAGGUGGAAGGCGGGGCAGCAGAGGAGUCUCACUCACUCAGACAUCAGUGCCCCAGGGCUGCCAGCGUGGACAGCAACGAUGCAGAUGACGAACAGCCCAAGACACGGGAGCAGAGGGCCCCAGAGGCGGCUGGUCAGGUCCUGGCUCAUCUGUGCCCCGCACACCUUGUCCCUCCUACAGCCUCUUCCUCACACGCCCUCUCCCUAAAUAUAGGGUAUUCAGAUGCAAACAAGCAGAGCUUCAAUGGGCAAACACUGCAGGAUUCCACUCAAAUAGGGGCCCAAGAGUCGACAACUCAUGGACCUAAGUGGUCGUUGGUGGCAGGGCUUCGGGAGGGGAUGGAAGUGAGACUUUCAUGGUCGUGGAAUUUUCUAGAGAUGGUGGUAAUGGCUCCACAACGUGAAUGUACCUGAUGCCUCAGAAACAUGCACUUAAAAUGAUGAUGAUGGUAAAUGCUGUGUGAUGUGUGUUUAUUUCAUUUAAAAUUUUAAAAUGUCUGGUUAACUGAGACUCCAAUCUGACCCCUUUGUUACAAAUGUGCAAGGUCAAAGCACUGUCCCCCACCUCGGGCACACGGCAUGUGGAGGACCAUUCUUAGGGGGGGGCCAGUCGGUGUUACCUGAGCUCUGUCCACGGGAACCCAGACAGCAGCGACCCCAUAGAUAAGACACAUGAUCUGCUAUGAUAUUAACAUGAUACCACCAAGGGCUGUCACUCAGCAGGAGGACCACCCUGCUCAAAGGUGCCUGUCCUCAAAUGAAAAUGACAAGGUUAAGAGAAGAAAAGGGACCACAGGUUAAUCAGGGCAACACCCUCAAUUCGGAUGUUGGAAAUCUCAGAGGGGACAAGACACACUGCAGGCAAAGAGCAGACAUGGGGUCUGCACAUGAGCCUGACCCACACGGAUGGGGUGAGCCCGACACAAUCCCCAGACACCGCAACUAGGGUCACACAUCCCCCUGGUCAGGAUACCAUGGCUGUGCUGCAUGAGCCCCCAACGUGGGAACAAGCCAGGUCCCUGGGACCAGAGAAAGAAGUGUAGGGUCUGUCUCCUCUCCUAACACUUGCCCCAGAGAAGUCAGUCCCCUCCUGUUUUCACUUUUGUUUUUAACUUUUUUGUGCUGAAGUUGAACACACUACCUUGGGUCUGGCAGGCUUGGUCCUCUCCUGAUUUGCUGGGGUGUUGAGAAAACUCACAGGACAGCAGGGCUGAAAGAGGAGGGGCAGGUCCGGACUCUGCUGAGCAGAGAUGGUUGACCAGAAGGAGAUUACAGAGACACAUCUCACCUGCUGCCGAUGGGCCUUACACCUAGAUCCAUGUGCCCGGCAAUCAAUUCACCAGGUAAACCUGCCUUCCUACUCGCUCUGCGUGUGCUGGUGAAUUGGAAUAAUCAUGAGGUAGCCCACCUGAGGAGUCUCCACCAGCCGCAGGGAAGGUGAACCUUGCAGGGGUAAGGACUAAGGCCCUUACCAUGGCUCCUUUGGGAGCGCCAUGUAACCACACUCAGAGCAGAGCGCUGUCACCCAGACAAGCCCACCUCAGCUCCAGACCCCAGGCGUCUGAGCACUGACAUU